CCUCGGUCCUUCGCUGCCGGUAGAGUGAGCGUGAACUGCCAAGAAGCGGAGAAGAAAAAGCAGAAGUGGAAACAACGUCGACACAAACACAGAUUUGGCUUUUUAUGACGCCGGGUGACAGCCGAGAAAACUAAAAUCACCGUGUCCUACAACUGUGAACCGACUCCAGACCGACGAUGGCUGUGAACGUCUACUCGACCUCAGUGACCAGCGACAACUUGAGUCGUCAUGACAUGCUGGUGUGGAUCAACGAGUCUCUACAGAUGAACCUCACCAAGAUAGAAAUGUUGUGUUCAGGUGCUGCCUACUGCCAGUUCAUGGACAUGCUGUUCCCCAACUCUGUGCCUCUGAAGAAAGUCAAAUUCGGUGCCAAGCUGGAGCACGAGUACAUCCACAACUUCAAGCUCCUGCAGGUCGCCUUCAAAAAGAUGGGAGUGGACAAAAUCAUUCCAGUAGACAAACUGGUGAAGGGCAAGUUCCAGGACAACUUUGAAUUCGUCCAGUGGUUCAAGAAAUUCUUUGACGCCAACUACGACGGGACGGAGUACGACCCGGUGGAGGCGCGACAGGGCCAGGACGCCAUGCCCAUGCCCAACCCCGCCACGUCGGCUCUGGGCAAGACCCCCAGGAAGCCCCUCACUCAAGCCGCUCAGAGGCCACCGGUCGCCAAGGUAGCGCCCAAGCUGGCUCCCACCAGCGCGAGGAAGCCGGGGAUGGGAGGAGGCGACGAGGAGAGGGCGGAGAUCCUGAAUGAGAUGGAGAUGCUGAAAUCCACCAUCCGGGACAUGGAGAAGGAGAGAGACUUUUAUUUUGGUAAGCUGCGGAACAUCGAGAUGAUCUGCCAGGAGAAGGAAGGCGAAGGCGACCCGACAGUGCAGAGGAUCGUAGACAUCCUCUACGCCACAGACGAGGGCUUCGUGAUACCGGAUGCCGAGGAGCAGGAGGAGUUUUAAUAUUCAAGACUGCAAGCAACUUUUCUUUUCAAUGCCCCCGGUCUUCAAAAACCCACCUCCAAAUCCUUCCUCAGGCCGAGACGGUUCGGUUUCACAUCCAGCGCCGAGCCGGACCUCGACUUGUGCUCCCCGACCCCCUCCCUCCCGACCCGCCGGACCUCUUCCUUCAGUCCUUCGGCGCCGUACAACUCAUCUUCUGUCGACGAAGCCUCGGCCACUGCCUCUUCCUGCUCGGCUCCCGUCAGGCCCCGCCCCCUCCCCGCCUGUAACUCCACCCCCUCCGGAACAUAUCUGGUUUUUUGUAACGGACUCUUUGAGUGUGAAAAAAAACAAAACGAAACGAAACACGGUGAUGUUCUGUGUGCGUGCGCGUGGUUGUAUGUGUUUAAUAAUCAGUCAAAUCGAAACGUGAAGAACCUCCUCUGCGGACCCGGCUGCCUCUUCACCGCCUCGUCCCGGACCGACCCGGAUCGUUGGGUUUGGCGGCGCUGCGGCCGCUUUCGUGCCUCAAUUAUACUCAUUUGUAAGAUGCGUUCACAGACCUGACGGAAAGCAGGAAAGGAAAAACACAUUCCCAACUAGAGCUCUAAAUCUGGGCUGAAUUUUUUUUGCUAAAUGAAACUCGACUGCGGGUUAAAUGAAACGUGGAGCGGUCCGGUCCGGUCCGGAUCAAGGCGGCGGCGGCGGCCGGGUCUUCUCUUGGCCUUUUUCCACCUGUGACGAGUUGUUGCCACCAAGGACGCCUUCCUGAUGAGCUUUUGUAAAUUAAUGCUACUCACAUCUUUCCCCCUUCACUCCAUUUUGUCUUGUUGUUGUUGUUGUUGUUGUUGUUUUUGUUUGUUUGUUUUUCGGCGCCUGUCAUUCGAGCCCUCACCUUUUUUUUUUCUACACCUUGUUUAAGUUGCUCACGCUCACUAAACGACUGUUGGAAAGGUUUUACAUGUGUGUGUUUUCCCACCACAGAGAAAAGAGUUUGGCUUUUUUGUUUGGGUUGCUCUUCUUCUUGUAGCAGAUCCACCGCUAACACGCUCCGUUCACAUUUCAGGCUUCCUAAAUGUGCAAUUCGUGAUUUCCAGGCGAGUCGUUGGCUCUCAAGAGUCGAUCGACAGUAAAAACGUAGCUGAUCCACGUUUUGCAGCAAACACUGUGAGCUCCGACCGCAGCACAAGCUAACGUCGGGUUUCUCCCGAAGCUAACGUGGGAUCAAAAAGCUCAAAAGUCUCCCCUGAAGCCAGAUUCUUCUUUUCUCGCCCCUCCACUGACCAGUUUUAAUCUUGUAUACUGUGGAUCUGAUCUGAGUUUUUCCACUGUACUGUGUUUAAAAACGAAAAAAAAAAAACUUAAAAAAAUUUUUGUUCCACGAACUCUUAACAGCAACUUGUUGUUAUUGGAAGACACAACUCUCUCAGUGGCCUUAUUCAUACGAUGAUUUUUUUUUUUUUUUACUUUCUGUACGUUUCUGCUGUCCCGGCCAAAUGUUUGUACUGUUACGGUCAUAAUUUUAAAUGUGUUCUGAAUCGGAGGUUUUCUGGGCAGCUGUGUCAGGGUGCAGCCUGUCUUCCAUUAAACGCUCGCAAAGCAAACAAGAAAUUAUAUAUUUAUGUUGACUUAUUUGUUGUUGUUUUUUCUUUGUUCUUCUUGCCUUCGGUUUGAUCUCGACGUCGCAGCUGCAGAAUUAAAUAAAUCAAAGACGAGCUGAUCGAUAUUCGUCGAACGCAUCGGAUGUUUUUCUGCCUUCAGCGAGACUCUCGAUGUUUUCUAAUUAUUUUCCGAAUGUACUGACUCUCCGAACAGCAGUCUUGUCGGUUGGCGAUAGCUUUUUGUUCCUUCCGUGUGCUUUUAGCUUCGAUUUGAGGAUUUUCGUGCGUGUUCGGAGCGCCAUCUGCAGGACUUUUACCGUCUUUUACUCGACAUGUAGCAGGAAAAACUCAAGUAAAGUGACGAGUUUCAGGAACAAAAAAAAAAAAAAACAUCCCCAAGAACAAGAACUGCCAAAUGCUUACCUCAAAUAUUAACACUAUCCGAUACGACUUUAACACUCCUGAAACUGCAGAUUUGACCUCAAAUACGCAACGAAAGAGUCAAAUCAAAGUUCUGGAGUACAGAUGCAACAAAAAACGUCGCUGAAGACGACGUGAAGCGUUUUAACAUGAGUUCAGUGGAUUUACCCGAACUACUGCUCUUCCAUCGGCUCUACAGAAGUCGUAAGCAGACACGAGGAGCGUUUGAACAACGCGGUUGACUUUCCUUCUUUAUUCCAACCAUGUUUUGCCAUGUUGUCAUUUAUUCUCUGUUUUUAAGGUUAGUUACUGAAACUACCAGCGAUUAUCUUCACGCUCGAUUCGACGCUCGGCCUAAAAAAACUGAAAGAAAACGGUGAAAAGAUUCGAUUAAAUCCCAACAGGACUUCUUUUAUCAGUUUACUGGCACAGAGGAGGAGAGGAAGCAGAAAAAGUUCACUUUUAAGAGAGUUUUUAAUCUUUUUUUCUUGAAGCAAACCCGUUAGAAACCUUUCAGUCGACCUGCGGUGACGUUUUAAAGGACGCCGCUCGGUUUAGUUAAACUCAGCUUCAGAUUGGGUGUUAUUCUUCUUUUGGAGGUGAGAAGGUCGAGAUAAACAAAAGGAAACUUUCUGUUUCCUCGAUGCAGGAAAACGGCAACUUUCUGCCGCGAGCCUUAUGCAACGUCGUCGUCGGGGGCGUGGCCUCCUUUGCGUAGCGGCCUCCGGACCGACCCCUCCCGGUGCCAACGAGGCCUCCGUCCUCCCGCCGCCGAGGCCCUGGAGCGGUACCGACCCGUCUGUCCUUCACCGGAGACUUCUUUGACAAUCGUCUGGUUUUUGGCGACGGUUUCCUGACAGCGUGUUUGAAGUGGCGUCGACCGGUUGGUGGUAGUGACGUGUGUCGUUGUGCGUUCGUGUUCAGGACUGUGUGCGACGGUCGCUCAGCCGUUUGUGUGUUUUUUUUUUUUUUCGUUUUUUUGAAACUGCAGAAGACGUCUGAGCAAAGAGAGACUCUGGCUGUGAAGGCGGCGGCGGCGGUUCUUUCUCCUCUCUGUCCAGCUUCUCUCUCUUUCAUGUGUUUCUUAUAUUCUGCUGAACUCGAUUUUCCUAAAUCAAGUUUCGUACCGACAAUAAAACAGUAUUUCCACGUCA